GACAAAAAGAUGGUUGAGACUAAGAAAAAGAAGAAAAAGACGGCUGAGUGUUGUGGGUAUCCAAUCAGCAUUUUCUUCAUUGUGGUAAAUGAGUUCUGUGAGAGGUUUUCCUACUAUGGCAUGCGAGCUGUGUUGGUGCUGUAUUUCCGAUAUUUUCUGCUUUGGGACGAUGACCUCGCGACCUCAAUCUAUCAUGCCUUUGUGGCGCUGUGCUACUUGACGCCCAUCAUGGGUGCCAUCAUUGCCGAUUCCUGGCUCGGGAAGUUCAAAACAAUCAUAUACCUGUCUAUAGUGUACGCUAUUGGCCAGGUCAUCAUGGCCGUCAGCACUGUUCAUGACAUCACCGAUACUAACAGAGACGGCACGCCGGAUAACAUCACCUUCCACAUCGGUCUGUCCAUGCUGGGUUUGGUCCUCAUUGCUCUGGGCACUGGCGGUAUUAAACCAUGUGUGGCUGCAUUUGGUGGCGAUCAGUUUCAGGAACAUCAGAGUCGCCAGCUCAACACAUUCUUCUCAGUGUUUUAUCUGUGCAUCAAUGCAGGAAGUCUUCUUUCCACUCUCAUUACGCCUGUUCUCAGAGCUCAGGAGUGUGGUAUCCACACUCAGCAGCAGUGUUAUCCUCUGGCUUUUGGCGUCCCAGCCGCUCUCAUGGUUGUGUCUCUGGUGGUGUUCAUCGCUGGCAGUGGCAUGUAUGUCAAAACAGAUCCAGAAGGAAACAUUAUUUGGUCUGUGUGUAAAUGCAUAUGGUUUGCCAUCGAAAACCGUUUCAGGCACAGAAGCAGCAUUCAUCCAAAGAGGGAACACUGGAUGGACUGGGCCAAUGAGAAAUAUGAUAAACUUCUUAUCGCUCAGAUAAAGAUGGUGUUGAAGGUGUUGUUCCUCUACAUCCCCCUGCCUAUGUUUUGGACCCUGUUUGACCAAAAGGGCUCCCGCUGGACUCUCCAGGCCACCACCAUGACUGGAGACUUUAAAGCGUUCAUCCUGCAGCCAGACCAGAUGCAGACUGUGAACCCCAUCCUGAUCCUGACCCUGGUGCCCAUCAUGGACCGGCUUAUUUUCCCUCUCAUUAAAAAGUGUGGCCUCAAUUUCAGCCCUUUGAAGAGAAUGACGGUUGGCAUGUUGUUUGCUGCCAUGGCGUUUGUUUCUGCAGCUUUAGUCCAGAUUGAGAUCGAUAAAACAUUGCCAAACUUCCCAUCAUCCUCUGAGAGCCAGCUAAAGGUGGUGAACAUGUUCAACAGUUCAUUGAACGUGACCAUCUCACCCAACGAGCCUCUUCUGAUAGACUCAUUUGAGAGCAGUGGAGAUUAUGUGACAUUUGAUCACCAGGACAUCACAGUGUCCUUAAACACAAAUCCUGUGAUCACCAAAGCUUUUAGUUUAAUUAAAGGAGGCCGCCAGACCCUGAUCAUCCCCUCUGACCCAUCCAUUAUGUAUCUGCAAGAAGAUAUAAAGUCCAAACCAAAGGAAGGAAAGAAUGCUGUUAGGUUUGUGAAUGGCUGGACAGCAGAUCUGAACAUCACUAACUUGGAUUCUAUUCAGUCAUCAGUCACUUCAAACUACACACUUGUUUCUCAGGGGACGCGGAAGUUUGUGCUCAGCAAUGGUAAGCAGUCGUGUGAGUUUUCUCAGAAGUUUGGAUUUGGUUCCUCAUACACCUUCCUCAUCCCCAGCACGCUGUUCUCGACUGAUUGUGAGUCUAUAAAGGUAGUUGAGGACAUGCAGCCCAAUUCAGUCCACAUGGCACUGCAGAUUCCUCAGUACUUCCUAAUUACUACAGGAGAGGUCAUGUUCUCGGUCACCGGCCUGCAGUUCUCAUACUCACAGGCUCCAAAGAAUAUGAAGUCAGUGUUGCAGGCUGGCUGGUUGUGCACUAAUGCCGUGGGAAACAUUAUUGUGCUGAUUGUGGCAGAGCUGGGAAAGCUUCCGAAACAGUGGGCAGAGUAUUUGUUGUUUGCGUCACUGCUUGUGGCUGUGAGUAUCAUCUUCUCCGUCAUGGCUUAUUUCUACACCUACAUUGACCCAGCGGAGAUUGAGGCCCAGAUCAGGAGGGAGCAAGGUCUUGAGCCAGAGGAGAAGAAGAAAGAGACACUGGAAAUGGUGGGAAAAGAUAAAGACCAGAACAAUGAGCAGAAGGUCAAACAAACCAAAAUGUAAGAUACAAAAAAAAAAAAAAUUUGAAGAUUGGAUUGUUAUAUGUUAAUAUGCUAAGAUCUCCCAUUUAGUUUCGUAUUUAUUAAAAUAGAAUGACUGGGAGCAGACAUGUUGAUGAUGUUAUUUGCAUCCAUUGUUGUCAAAUUCAGUGUUACCAUUGGCUGUAGUGAUCGACCGAUAUUGAUUUUUUAGAACCAAUACCAAUACCGAUAAUUUGUGUUUAUGUGCCGAUAACCGAUAUGCAGAACCGAUAUUUAUUUACUGUUAUACUUCUGUUUUUGACCUGAUUACAACACCACUGAACUGAACAAACCAUUUUAUUUAUAACAAUCACUCCCUUCUUGCAUAGAAAACAAAACAAAUCUUAUUUAUACACCAAUAAAUAGAGGGUCUGAAAGUGCAAAAAAUAAAAAGUGCACUGUUACUAAACUGUUUUUGUUUAAAAAAUAAAAUUUUCAAUAAAGCCAAAAAAAAAGAAAAAAGUAAAAUAAAUAAAGCACAUAAAAGUACUUCUAACCAAUUAAAAAAAUAAAACAAUCUAAACCACCUGAAAAAAUAGCACUAUUUUAAUGUAGCUUAAUACUCCCAGUUGAGCAGAAGUAGGUUGUAGUGUAGAAAACAGUCUUUCAGCAUUCUGCCCCAUAAGCCUGCUUCAUUGUUGUAUUGUUAAUUUUAAUCUUCAUAUUACAAAAAUAAUUUUAUUUAUACAAAGCAUCAGCAGCAACACUAAUGUUAACAAUAUGCAAAAUAAAUGUAGAAUGUCUAAUGUCUUCAAAUGGAGCACAUAAAUUACAGACAAGAGGCAUAUCAACUUUGCAGAAAUGUAAUACUUCAUUUUAAACUACAGUUUUAGUAGAUUUAUAAGCUGUUUAAUAGGCUAAAGAGUGAAGAAUAAUUCGCUGGAUAAUGUUAAAUAACUGAAUAAUAUUCUCUGGAAUAUUGGAAUAUAACAAACAAAACAUCGUAUUUUAUUGCAUUUCUCAAGUGGUAUGUUAUAUCAGAAUUAUUAAUAAAGUUUUUGUCGUUCUAGAUUAUGAAAUAUCUGCCGACAAAGCGCUGUUUAUCUAUCCAUUUACACAGAACUAUACUCAAACUGCGAUCGCUCGCGGAGAUAAUAAAUAAUUAAUUUCCAUAGAGUUGCGUUUACUUGGAUGUUUAUUAGCGAAUUAAUCGUAAUUAUUUAAACAUUUACUAUAUAACCGUGUUUUAAACAAGUGAAUCUUAUUAAAAGUUCCAUGGCCGUGCUGGAGCAUUUCCUGUAGCUUACAUCAACCCGCUGAGUGAACAGAAAAUGCAGACGACUUCACGAGACUAAUGAUGAGCAUAGACAACAGAGAGAGAAUUAAAUUCAGCGCUUUUAUUUCCAACGUGUGCUCAUUCAUGGCUGUAUUAUUUACAUACAAGAUGGCGGCGUUUAUCGGUAAAUCCGAUAUUACAAAACCGAUAACCGAUUAUGGUAAAAUGCUUAAAUAUCGGGAAAAAUAUCGGUAAUUCGAUAUAUCUGUCGAUCUUAAGUUGGCUGUAUUGAUAAGACCCUACUGAGUGAACAAAUGUAUCAUGAAAAAUGUAAAUGUAAUGUGUAAAAACCUUCUGUCAUGAUAUUUUUAGACAUGGUUUAAAAUGCAGCUGGUUUAUAUUGCAGAUAGUGUUUUUGUGUGUGAUCAUUUGCAUUUUGUGAAGAUUUUCUAAGCUAAUAAACA